AUGGAACGAGAGGAAUUUUAUGCCAAAAUGUCAACCAUUCCUGCCAUUACUACGCGCUCCUCGGUAUCCCCUGGCGACCGACCCAGCAUGCAGUUGCUGACUCUCCCGUCGCCAAGACUGCGGUCUCGCGGCGGCAGCAUCGCUUCCUUCCGAUCCGAGGACGCACUCAGCAAUCUUAGCCUAGGAAGUUUACUGCCAGCAGACAUGGAGGAUGGUGUGUUGUGUAAGCAAACAUUUGCGCCUUAA